GUAACCUGAGAUAUCGACCUUUCUCUCGAACUUCCAUCUUCACCUUUGUGGAGCUCUAUCAACGGAACCCGACAAUGCCCAAGAGAGCCAAAACUCCUCCUCCUGGCGACGACGAGCCUCGCUACUUCACUGUCUGCCAACCUUAUCCCCUCAACGCAAACUGGGAACUUCUCGACGAUCAGAUUAGUUGCGCGAGAUGGAUCGCGGAGAUCAUAGGUCCUCAGUUUAUCUACGCUUUGAUGCAUAAACCUAGCGUGCGUUGCUCGUGCUACCCCUACGAGAUUCGAAGUAAUAGGAAGUUCACAGGCAAGAGGCAUGGUCUUGAUAGAGGUCGAUCGAAACUUCAAGGAAACCCACCUUCUGUUGGGGGAACAUCGCUGGAGGGAGCUUCUGACAAAUCCUACGCAUGAACAAGAGGAACGUUUCAGUCAGAUCUACCAUUCGACGUAUAACUCAAACCGAGAGGCUCAGAAGGAUGGUUGGAAAAGACUGCAUGUCCGAGACAAAUGGUUCAAAGGAUACACUUUCCACUCAGGGUGGGAUUCUUCGUCCACGAGACUGACGAUCGUCGUUCUGAACACGGCAUUCAUCCAGGAAGGAAUUCCGUCGUCCUUAUCCGCAGACACACUGGUGCCCUACGCCACUGGAAGAUAGAACUGACAAACCGAUGUGCCGUCCACUUCCCACCGCUGUCAAACCGCCACCCGCAGUUCCAGCACCUCCAGUUGUUGGUUCGACUGCCUGGCUUCAAGUGAGGUCUUCUCCCAACCCAAACAAUCCGGUGGCUGUUCGUGGUGCUUGGGCGGCUCGAGGACGAGGAGGGACCGCAACGACCGCGACUGCCAGAAGUAACGUCACUGUGCGGUCCCCGUCAACUUCUGCAUUAGUUAAUACUUCUGCACCGGCUUUAUUAGGGAAUGACGCACCUGUUCAAGUAACUAAGAGCACGUCAACUAACUCUUCUGCUACUCCCACUAACUUGAAUCCUCUCAAUCGAAACGCCGGCGCUUGGGGAAAAGGUCAAGCCCCAUUUCCAAUAAUGCCUACCACGACGAACGCGAAUGCUCCACCGGCGGCCAGUGCUGCUAGUAAGAAAGCAGCAUGGGGUGCUCCCAAUCCUCAAAUUACAACUGCAGGUAGUAGCAUAUAUUCAACUUCCACAACCACAAGCAAUGCUGCUCCUCCGAAAGGCGUAUGGGGAACCCCGAAUCCUAAAGUGAAGUCGGUGGCUGCAACUGUACCAGAGCCCAACCUGACUGUCAAGGUGAUUACGAAGGCCGCCACGGAAAAACCGGAGCCACCAGUUUCUACUAUCAACGUUAGCAAUGUUCCACCUCUCCCCUCUAUGGAAGCCAGCGGGUCCUCAGGAAGCUCUUCUUCCUCCAAGUUUAGCUGGGCCGACGACGUUGACGGCCAGAUGGAAGAGCUAGAGAUAGCACGUCGAGAUGAUGUGGUUAUCCGACGCCCGUUAGACCUGACUCUCACCGGCGAUCCUCUGGAUGAUCUGCUCGGGAACGACGAGGAGGACGAAUAUUCCUUGCCAAUGGGAACCGGUGGUAUUACAGCAAUUUCUAGUAUUUCUCAGUACCCCAAAGUUGCCGAAGGCGUUAUUGAGAAUUUGUGGGCAGACCACGAUGAUGAGGAAGAGGUCGUAGAGGAGUUUGUGUGCCCUGUUCACGGUGCAAACCCGAAGAUCUGCAAGAAGGGCAUUUGCAAAGAGCGAGCGGAUUAUGAGAAGAAGAAGAGCAGGAUGGAGAAGGAGCAACAGAAGGGGAAAGACAAGGACAAGAAGACCAAAGGCUCUAAAUCCAAGAAUCGAUCCAGCAGCCGUGGUACAUGGCGCAAGAAGGCCUCACGUUCAAGGUCUCACUCCGAAAAUCGAAAUGCGACUCCUCGGAAUGACACCCCUUCGUCUGAUGUUACACCCGUUCCUGAGGCUCCAAGUGUCUGGUUCUGA